UGCCGUUGUGCGCUACUCUAUUCCCCCAUUACCAUAGAGCAUAUUCCCCCUUUCGCCUUUAUUAUAUGGAAAGAGCAGACAGGCGCUCUAGGAACGAGACACCAGAAGAGGGAAGGACAGCCCCCAUUCCUCUAUGAUAAGGAGGAAGAUCCCUGGGCUGCAGUUCUCCUCUACCGCUUAGCCUUCACUAUAACGAAGGGUCCCUUCCUGGGGCCUGCCUGUUCGCCCUCCUCUCCCGGAUGCCGUUGCUCUCCAGUGUUCACCGGGGCCUCCCCUUGCCAUCCCCUCCUCAUCGGUUGGCCCUCAUCUCUGGCCCAUACUCCUAUUACCACUACGGCUGUGACAGCGUGGACGACCGAGGAUGGGGCUGUGGCUACCGCACGCUCCAAACGGUGUGCUCCUGGCUGGCAGCGGCCGGCAGAGGAGAGGUUCCUUCCUGCCCUGUGCCUUCCCUGAAGGAGAUGCAGAACUCCCUGGUGGAGAUGGGGGACAAGCGCCCUUCGUUCACUGGCUCCCGGGACUGGAUUGGCACGGUGGAAGCAGCCUUGUGCAUGGACCAUUUUUACGCUGUGCCGGGCAAACUGAUCCACAUUCCCCAUGGGCGAGAUUUGGAAAAGGAGCUGGAGACUUUGUAUGCCCAUUUUCAGGGAGGUGGGGGCCCCGUUAUGAUGGGAGGAAACAGGGAUAACUCUUCCAAGGGGUUGUUGGGAGUCUGCUCUAGUGCCAAAGGACAUCACCUCCUAGUUCUUGAUCCACACUAUUAUGGCAAGGCCGGGUCUGUCACCAAGGAGGAGCUGCAAGAGGCUGGCUGGGUGUCUUGGAGGGAACUUGGGACCUUCGAAGCGGGCUCCUUCUACAAUCUCUGCCUGCCCCAAUUCUGGAGAAAAGGAUGCCCUGUGUGAAUUGUCAGUUUGAGGAAGGAGGUGUCAUUCUUGGCCAAAUACUAAAGCUGAGACAUCAUGACAGAAGCUGCUUGCGAGCUGUUAGCAUGCACAGAUGGACAUUAGUGCCUUAGGAGGGAGCCAGAAGGGAACGGAGUGCCACAGCUGGUAUCGACGGACUAUCACAGAUGGGGAAGGGAGGAGGCAGCAGCCUAACCUUGGAACUGCAGGAGGGGCCUUGCUUGGUGGCAGAGAGCACGUGCUUGGUCUGCAGAAGGGCCUGUGUUCAGUCCCUGGCAGCUCUUCAUUUCAAGGACCAGAUGGCACAGCCUUUCCCAAACUGGUGCCCUCCCGGUGUUUUGGACCACAACUUCCAUCAACCCCAGCCAGCAUGGAUGUGUAAUGCUGGGGCUAAUGGGAGCACAGCCAUGUUGGCUGGGGCUGAUGGGAAUUGUAGUCCAAAACAUCUAGAGGGCACCAGGCUGGGGUAGGGGAUGAUGGCGGUUAUCCCAGAGAGUUGCUGCCAGUCAAAGCAGAGCAAACUGGGUUACAAGCUAAUGACCUGAUUAUAAGGCAGAUUCCUAUGUUCCCUGACAUGUAAGAAUGGUGGAAAAGGAAAUAAUCUUAUGUUACAGAAGCAGCUGGCAUGUGUUUGUUCAAGAUAUUCAGGGGGGGGGCUUUGUUCUAAAGAAGCAUCUUUGAUAAAGGAGUUCAUGGUAAGAUGUCUUCACAAGGAGCCCAUUUUCACCCCUGGCUCUAGCAGACUAGCCACUGUGGCCUUGCAAAGGUCCAGUACCCCAAAUCAAGUCACAGAAUGGAAGACGGCACAUCUAGAGGCAGUGGUGAAAAUGAAUUCUGAGCCUGACUCCAGUGAGUUCCAGAGGCUUCUCUGACCUCUUUGCGCUGCAUCUUUGAUCCCGGUUGCUUUUAUGAGGCAGACAAGAAUGCCAGCAAGUCAUAGAGUUCUGCUGAAGCUGGGAAACAGAUCUGCCUCCUUCCCCACAUGGCAACGGAGCCGUCCAGCCCAGGCUGACAGCAAACAAAAAUGGAAACAUUCCUCUGGACUCGCUAUUUCCUGAAGACUUGAGAAAGUUGACUCUCCCUGAACUAAGCAAGAAUAAACUGGAAUUGAUAAACUUGA